AUGGAGGGCGUAGCGAUUGCCCCGGUACUGGACACGAAGGAGAAUUCGCCUAGCCCUGUGCUCGGCCGCGGCCCCUCACACGACGAGGCACUCGCGACGACGAGAUCGGUGGCCAAGGACGAACCCCAGCCUGUGGCAUCGGAGCUGAUUCGACAGAGCAUCGAGACAGACAUUGACGAGGCUGUCGACCGGGGGUUCGAGGCAGAGCAGCGCAGAGACUUCUCAGAAGCCACGCCAACAGACACUUACAUGCCGGCUUUCGAGCCGACGACGGACUUCCGACGGUCGGUCUCGCGAGGCCUGCCGCCCGUGCAAGAAGAGACGUACGACGAGGAGGAGACGGGCGAAGAGCGCGGGCGCGGGCGACAGAGCUUCACGGCAGCGACACCAGUAACGCCCGAGGUCAACCGAGACAGCGGCUUCAUGAGUGACUCUUCGCACCGGCGCUCUUCAAGAAAGACCAAGGUCGUCGUCGAGCAAGACAACCGAGACAGCGGCGUGCAUCUACGGGAGGAUGAAGACGGUUCACGCGAUGUGGCACGCAGCCCCGAGCCCGGCUGGUCGACGCCCAAGAGCCGGAGCAUCACGGUACCGGAGGAGAGCUCGUCCAGGAGACUCCGACGGUCGCCGCUGUCCAAGGGCGAGCUGCGCGAGCGGGACCAUCCCAUGACCAAGACACCAGUGCUGCGCGAGCCCAGCCCACGCGACGUCACGCCCGAGCCUUACAAGACGAGGCGCCACAAGUCACCAGAGCGCGGCGUCGGCGGCGACGACAACAAGAGGUCCAGAUACCGCGACCUGAGCGCGGGCACGUCGGACGCAGGCGCAACUCUCUCGCCCGACGAAGCGUCUCUGACCAUGUGA